AAGCAGGGAAAAGAAAAUAGUGAACCAAAUGAAAAAAAAGGAGAGGAGGGGUUGUCUAAUUUACAAUUUUAUCCUUUUUGUCAUAAUUCAAUCCCAACCAUUAAAUUAAAGAAUAUUCCAAAAAUUUCAGAUCUAACGGUGUACAAUCAUGGUGCACCGGAAAAAUAAGUGUCCACCCUAGUGGGCACCUACUUUUUGUUUAUUCAUACCUGAUAUCUCUCAUUCCAUCUUUCUUUCUUUUCUAUCUAUUUUUAUUCAUACCUGAUAUCUCUCAUAUCUCACAUUUUAAUCAAGUGUUAUUUAUACCUAUUGAUUGUAUUAAUACUAGGAUACUAUGCUAUGCUUUUUCUUGUUUGCAAAACACAAGACAAACCAUGAGAAUCUAAUGUCAAAGGUUGAGCUAGAACCCCAACUCCAACACCCACGUCUCUUCAUCCCCAACCUGCUCUCCCUUCACGAAUGCAAGGAGUUGGAAUUCAUCCACAAGAGUAGCAGCACCGUUGGUUACAGACCCAAUGUCUUCUCCACCACUCUCUCCCACCUCAUCGCCACCAACUCCUCCCACCUCAUCGUUCCUUUUAUUCCAAUCCGAGAAAGGUUGAAAGAUAAGCUAGAGGAGUUUUUCAAAUGUGAGUAUGAGCUGUUUGUUGAAUUUACGGGUUUAAUAAGCUGGAGUAGAGGAGCUAGCAUUGGAUGGCAUAGUGAUGAUAACAGGCCUUACCUCAAGCAACGCCACUUUUCAGUUGUGUGCUAUUUAAAUACUUAUGGGGAGGAUUUCAAUGGUGGACUCUUUCACUUCCAGGAUGGUGAGCCAACAUCAAUUAUGCCUAAGGCCGGAGACGUUGUGAUGUACACAGCUGAUCCCCGAAAUAUUCAUUCUGUUGAUGAGAUAACUGAUGGGGAAAGACUCACACUUGCUUUAUGGUUCAGUCGUGAUGGUUCCCAUGAUGAGGAUAAGAAGCUUGUUUCUCUACUUUCACAACACCUAUUACAUGAGAACAUAGCCGAUUCGUACCUACCUUUGCCUGCAUCCAGUAAUAUGUACUGGUUUUCUCAGGACCAAGCUUCGAAUAGCCGAUUCGGUUUUAAUAUAUGUUGGGCUAGACUGCAUAUUCUUGGAUAUCACAUAUAUAUUUCCCAAGACAGUAGCUGUGAAUCUGAUAUAUCUGAACUAAUGGUAAAGCCAGUGCGUUUAGCGAGGGGAAAUGAGGUGCUAGACAUGGAAUUUGUCAAUAUUUUGCAUGCACUUCAGGUUGUCCAUUUCUAUUGUUGGAAAGGAUCUAGCUUACAAACCAAUGUGUCAAAUAUAGACUCCAAGAUAGUAGAACUAUCAGAGGUGCAAAGAGAAAAAAUCAGUAGUCUAAAUUCUAUCCUUUUGAAUGAUUUAGAUUUUGCAUCAAGAGAUUUUUGCAGUAUGCCCUCCCAAGAAAAUGCAUGCAUUUGCUUUGAUUGGACAGGCAUUGUGAAUGCAGUUGCUGCUUGGGAAGAUUACACAUCGAAAUUAAGCAAACAGAUUAAUUUACAGUUGCCUUACUGGAGAAUGCAUGAAUGUAUAUACAAUGUACAAUUGGAUGAGCAUUGAGCAAUAUCCGUGAUCAACAAUUCCAAGGAAAAGUAACCACUGGAAAUUGCACUUGGGUUUAAGAAUUGGAAAAGAGUAGAAGUUUGAUAGCACGAUUCAAGUUUGGGGGACUUUUAAGACAAAGCUUCUUGGGGAGAGGCGAGGAUGCAGCUCAAGGAUAUCUCAAGUGUGUUAUGCAUACUAGAUGGCAAAUACUGUAUGCUCAUGUUUCUAAAAUAUAUGUAACAUGAGUUUGGGUGCAAUAUUACAGCUACCAUAAGCUCAUUAAUUAUGUUCGGAUAUUUGUUGGCACCAGUGCAAACAGACGUUGGCACUUCGAGAUAAAAAGUGAAUGAAACUCUUAUGGAUAAUUAGGUGACUAAA